AGGGAAAUUUUUCCAGACUCAUUAAGUAUUAGGGGAAAAAAAUGAAACUAAAAUUGCUGGGUCACUUCCAUUUUCAACCUGUCCUGGGGCUCCCCACAAGUAUUCAGGGUCCCCAUGGACAUAGGGAAUUCUAAGCAACCGUGAUGAACCUGGUUAAAUGUUUGGCCUGGGAAACACAGCCUGUAGGUGGUUAGGGAUGGAGAGAUGGUCUAUAUGUGAAUCUUAAUUUUUGCAAUUCAUUAGAGCUUUGUGAUGAAAGGCAAGAGUUUGCUGCUUGCUUCAAGGGUAAGUUCAUUUGCAUUUCUGUGCAAGGAAGUAGUAAUGAGUCACCAAGCCUUAGAUUUCACCCCUUGUUGAUUUCUUGCUGACUUAACUUUAAUUGAAUGGACAAGUAAUCAUAAAUGAAUUACCUCAAAAAUAAAUGCCUUUGGGCUUCCCUGGUGGCACAGUGGUUGAGAGUCUGCCUGCCGAUGCAGGGGACACGGGUUCGUGCCCCGGUCCGGGAAGAUCCCACAUGCCGCGGAGCGGCUGGGCCCGUGAGACAUGGCCGCUGAGCCUGCGCGUCUGGAGCCUGUGCUCCACAAUGGGAGAGGCCACAACAGUGACAGGCCCGCGUAUCGCAAUCAAUCAAUCAAUCAAACCAAUAAUGAUGAACUGUUAUUGAUUGAUUGCGGCAAACAAAACAUUGAUUUUGUUUACGCAGAAUAAAUAAAUAAAUAAAUGCCUUUAAGGAAGGAUGGGUAGAAGAUGGUACUAGGGGAAUGGAGAUGGACCACAAGACUCGUCCUGUUUCAACGCACCUGUACCAUGAAACUUUUGGGUUUGAUAGUACAUAAGUUACUCCCAUAGCAUAAGGGAAAUGCUUAUAAUCAUUCGGGAUGAUGAACUUUCCUUUAACAUCCAAAGAGUCUGGCCAAUCCAAUUUCCUUUGGAAUAUCACAGUUAGAAAGGAUCUCACAGGACUUCCCUGGUGGCGCAGUGGUUGAGAGUCCUCCUGCCGUUGCAGGGGACCUGGGUUCGUGCCCCGAGCAUGUGCUCCACAACGGGAGAGGCCACAACAGUGAGAGGCCCGCGUAUCACAAAAAAAAAGGAGAGAGAGAAGCCACUGCAAUGAGAAUCCCGCACACGCAACGAAGAGUAGCCCCCACUCGCUGCAACUAGAGAAAGCGCACACAGCAAGGAAGACCCAGCACAGCCAAAAAUAAAAAAUUAAUUAAUUAAAAAAAUAAAAAAGGACCUCACAGGUGAACUAAUUAGGUGGAAUCUUUGAGUAAAAGACCCUGGAUUAGGAUGAACAGAGAAAAAAUUGGACUGCUUUCCGUUUUCCCAUAGAUCUCUUUGGGAUAUUUGGUUUCCUUUAAUUAGAAAAUAAAGCUACAUUUACUAAAUUUAAAAGCAAUUUUUUAUAUACAUACUUGCACAAAAUGUACAUGAUUACUGGGAAACUGUUACUAAAAUUCUUUUAAGAAACAGCUGCAUGGUAGCAACAAAAAUUGUAUUAUACUUACUCUGGCCAGAUUUACCUAGAAUGCUUAUAUCAUCUGGACAAGUAUAUUUAUAAAAGACUUCUAUUUGGGGAUCACUCAGAAGCUGUUCCUAAGAAACAAGGUUUUGUUUUAAAUCUGGGAAGUUUUGUGUUUUAAGAAAUGUAUUUUACUAUUUUCCAAACAAAAGAGAUCACUGAGAAUUUUUCACUCUGAGUUGUGUGCUCACAAUUUUUAUUUAAUUAAUUAGUCAUGCUUAAAAUAUAUUUAAUACCUGACUAAUAAUGGGCAAAAUGUAAGUGAGUUCAUUUUCCCCUUUACUGCCAAUAAAGUCUUCUCAGAAAUGAGCCAUAGACACGUGUAGUUUUUGGAGUUGAAGGUCGGAAUUAAGAAAAUCCAGCAUAAGUCUCGUUAAUUCAUGAUCCUUUUGAAAAAAAAUGACAAGAAAUAUUUAAGAACCUCCUAUCUCUGUCCCAGUUCCCUGCUUCAUUGAAGAUUCACUCUAAGUAGCUGAAAUGCUUUCCUUGGGAGGAUUUAUUGAAAUCGGCCCUUCACAUGCAAAGGAUAUUGUAGGAGAUAACUUCCCACAUGUUGUUAAAAGCAUCCUGAUUUUGCUGGCAGGAAUAUGAACAUCUGUUGUGAGGAAAGAAAAAGUUUCAUGCAAAUUACACAGUCAAAGAAGAGAAGGGAUGUUCAAGUUGAGAAACCAGUGACAUUUCUUGUAACUGUGCUAUGAGUCAGCACGUUUUUAAUCUUCUUGAUAAUAUAUGGAAAUGUAGUGAGGGUGACAGGGAGCAGUGUUCAUCUGACGUAUCAUUAUUUUAUUUUCGUGUGUGUGUGACUUCAUGGCGUCGACAUUUGUUUUUAAAUGAGCAUACAGUAAAUUGUAGUCCGUGGAAGGCUGACUGGAAUCAACAUAGCCGUAGCUUUAGAAAGCAGUUUCCGCCCAGCGAAGAGUGCAAGAGCGAUGGAACCCCGUGUUCCUGGAAGUUUGCACAUCAGAGUAAACAAACUUGAAAACCCCUCUUGAUAGCAGAAUUCACCCGGCCUUGUUCCAUUUUCUCUUAACAAAACACACCGCAAAAGCUCUCACAAGCUGCUUUGAUGAAGCCACAUGUAUUUCCCCCUUCACAAUUUACAGGAAGUUACUCUUAAAAGAAAGUGAUUCUGGUGUUUACUGCCCGUGUUAAAGGGACAGAGUUCCUUUUUGUCUGAUAACAUUAGAGCGAAAUACAGAAACAUUUUAGAGACUAACAUAGCAUGUGACUAAGAAGAAAGCAAUAACCUGCUGUCCGGUUAGAGCAAAACUUCUGCUAUGAACCAGGCCCUAUGACUUGGAACCUCUAAGUUGCAGAUAACCAGGUAUUUCUUAUAUAUGUGUUAAGGAUCUCUUAAGUGUGAAGACGAGUUGGGUACAUCUUAAAAAGAGGGAAAGAGAGAAAGUUACUGUGGAAGGGCAAGGAGUUUGUUUAUAAAGUUGUUUAUAAAGUUUCAGUAAGAAUGUAUACUUUAAUUUUUCCUAUUCUUACCUCUACCUUUUUACCGAGUGGCCUGAGGGUAUCUGUUAACCAAAAGCAGUAUUACUCUAGGGCAGACUUUGAAUUCUUCAUUUUGCAUUGCCUUUAAAGAACAACAUGGUUUCUUUCUGUUCUUUUACCAAAAACACGAACCUUAUGGCUCUGUGAGUGGUGUUUUAGCCCAACCACCUCACGGAUGAGAGGGUUCCCUCUCCCCUCCUCUGCCUUGAAAGAAAAGUGCAAGGCCGAACACGUUUAUCAAGAGGAAAAGUGACUUCUCAGUAGACUGUCUGAUGCUGGCUUCUGUCCCAGUGCUCACUUUGUUAUGGCAGGUGAAGUUCACCUUGGCCUCACCCAGCAUUUCCCCAAAAAGGCAAGCUUCCAAGUAUUCAUAUGAACAAGUGUUCCUGCUGGACUUGGAGGCUUGGGGGUGGAGGAUGUUUGCAUAGUUUAAGCCUUGGGCGGGGGUGUAGGAAACGGCAAGUACAGAGGCCAUAGAAAAAGUUGAGAGACUCGGUUUGACGUACUCAGUCGGGUUGGUCUAAUACCCAGUGACUCAAAGCAUUAAAAGUCUGCAUGAUCGGAACUCAAGUUAAGUAGCAUUGCCUGUGUGCCAUUCACUGUGGCAGCAGAAACAGUACUCGGUGGUUGUUUAGUCCUUCUGAGGCAGCUCCUUAAAUGAAAUCUUGUGUUUCACUCUUCUGUUACUUUUCCCCAAAAGUGAAAAGACACUAAAACUGAAAUGGAAAAGAUCUAUUCCCGAGGGGAGCUUCACCACUUCAUCGAUGGCUUUAAUGAGGAGAAGAGCAACUGGCUGCGCUACGUGAACCCAGCACAUUCUGCCCGGGAGCAGAACCUGGCCGCCUGUCAGAACGGCAUGAACAUCUACUUCUACACCAUUAAGCCCAUCCCCGCCAACCAGGAGCUUCUUGUGUGGUAUUGCCGGGACUUUGCGGAAAGGCUUCACUACCCUUAUCCUGGAGAGCUGACAAUGAUGAAUCUCACGCAAACCCAGAGCCAUCCAAAGCAGCAGAGCACUGAGAAACAUGAACUUUGCCCAAAGAAUGUCCCGAAGAGAGAGUACAGCGUGAAAGAAAUACUAAAAUUGGACUCCCACCCCUCCAAAGGGAAGGACUUAUACCGCUCCAACAUUUCACCCCUCACUUUGGAAAAGGACGCGGAUGACUUUCGGAAAAAUGGGAGCCCCGAGAUGCCCUUCUACCCGCGGGUGGUGUACCCGAUCCGGGCCCCUCUACCGGAAGACUUUCUGAAAGCUUCCCUGGCCUACGGGAUGGAGCGGCCGCCCUACAUCGCGCACUCCCCCAUCCCGUCCUCCACGACGCCCAGCCCCUCGACGCGCAGCAGCCCAGACCGGAGCCUGCACAGCAGCCCCGGGAACACCGUGUCGCCGCGGGCCCCCGGCUCCCAGGAGCACCGGGACCCUUAUGCCUACUUGAACGCUCCGUACGCCGCCGCCGCCGCUGAGGGGCUGGGCUCCUACCCCGGCUACGCGCCGCCCCCGCACCUGCCGCCCGCCUUCAUCCCUUCCUACAACGCGCACUACCCCAAGUUCCUGCUGCCCCCCUACGGCAUGAACUGCAACGGCCUGGGCGCCGUGGGCAACAUCAACGGCCUCGGCAGCUUCGGCCUCUUCCCGAGGCUGUACCCCGUGUACGGCGGCCUCCUGGGCGGGGGCGGCCUGCCUCCCCCGAUGCUGGCGCCCGCCUCCCUUCCCAGCUCGCUGCCCUCGGAGGGGGCGCGUCGCCUGCUGCAGCCCGAGCACCCCCGGGAGGUGCUGGUGCCCGCGCCGCACAGUGCCUUCUCCCUGCCCGGGGCGGCCGCCAGCCUGAAGGACAAGGCCUGCAGCCCCACCAGCGGGUCCCCGACGGCCGGCACCGCCGCCACGGCCGAGCACGUGGUGCAGCCCAAAGCUACCUCAGCGGCCGCGGCAGCCCCCGGCGGCGGCGACGAGGCCGUGAAUCUAAUCAAGAACAAAAGGAACAUGACUGGCUACAAGACGCUCCCCUACCCCCUGAAGAAGCAGAACGGCAAGAUCAAGUACGAGUGCAACGUCUGCGCCAAGACUUUUGGCCAACUCUCAAACCUGAAGGUCCACCUCCGAGUGCACAGCGGAGAACGGCCUUUCAAAUGCCAGACUUGCAACAAAGGCUUCACUCAGCUCGCCCACCUGCAGAAACACUACCUGGUACACACGGGAGAGAAGCCACAUGAAUGCCAGGUUUGCCACAAGCGAUUUAGCAGCACCAGCAAUCUCAAGACCCACCUGCGACUCCACUCCGGAGAGAAACCUUACCAGUGCAAGGUGUGCCCCGCCAAGUUCACCCAGUUUGUGCACCUGAAACUCCACAAGCGCCUACACACCCGGGAGCGGCCCCACAAGUGUGCCCACUGCCACAAGAGCUACAUCCAUCUCUGCAGCCUCAAGGUCCACCUGAAGGGGUAUUGUCCUGUGGCCCCAGCCACGGGGCUGCCUCUGGAGGACCUGACCAGAAUCAACGAAGAAAUCGAGAAGUUUGACAUCAGCGACAAUGCCGACCGGCUGGAGGACAUGGAGGACAACGUUGACGUGACCUCUGUGGUGGAGAAGGAGAUUCUGGCCGUGGUCAGAAAAGAGAAAGAAGAAACUGGCCUGAAAGUGUCUUUGCAAAGAAACAUGGGGAAUGGACUGCUCUCAGGAUGUAGCCUCUACGAGUCAACAGACCCGUCCCUCCUGAAGUUGCCUCACAGCAACCCACUACCUCUGGGACCUGUAAAGGUCAAACAAGAAACAGUCGAACCAAUGGAUCCUUAAGAUUUGCAGAAAACAAAAGGUGUUUUGUCUUUUUUCUUAACUUAUGACUUGGCGAGUCAGGGUGCCUGUAGCAAAUGCUUGUACAUAAUUCCAGUUCUGCAAAGCUCUCCUGACGGCAGAUGGUUCCCCCUCACCUCUCUGGAAUUAACGAAGGAUCCCCAAAGUUACUGAAAUCUCAGGGCAUAAAUGAGGGAAAGACAAUAUAUAUACAUAUUAUAUAUACUUAUUUACACCCCCAUCUAUAUAUUUGAACCUGUGUAUUUUGAAUAUUUGUGUGGAUAUGUUUGCAUAGCCCUCCCAUUGCUAAGACUAUUGCCUAGUCAUAAUUAUUUUUUCAAUGAUAAUCCUUCAUAAUUUAUUAUACAAUUUAUCAUUCAAAAAGCAAUAAUUAAAAAAGUUUACAAUGACUGGAAGAAUUCCUUGUAAUUUGAGUUGUUCUAUCUUUGUCUGGUGGCUGUUCUUUGUAGAUAAUUUCUGCACAUCUGUUUUAAGUACCUAAGAUUUAGUAAACAAAUACAUUACAUCAGCCGACCUCCCUCUAUAAUAAUGGUUUGAAAAUGAGGUUUUGGUAUUGCCAUAGUUAGGCAAUUGAUGUGUUCAUUCAUAGGACUGUAUCAUUUGAACAGCACUGUAUAACUUGGGGGUAUGUGUGCAGAAUUACCCAGUAAUAACUCUGGUAGAAGAAAUAAGAAAGAGAGAAUCUUGUAUGUUUCUGUAGAUAGUUCAGCAUUUUCCCCCCUAAUCACAGAUUUACCAGAAAGGCUACAAGAAGGCUUUGUCUCCCUCUGUCUCCCUCUCCAAAAAACAGGGUCGCCCCACCCCCAAAGUCAUGUGACCAUUCGGAGUGGCCACGAGACUUUGGCAUCCCAGUGUAUUAUCUGAAAAUGUGAAGACAAAAUGCCAUGUUUAAAACCACUGCAAAACAUUCCCAAAGCACAGGUGGUUUUGUAUGGGUGAGGUGAGGAAGCAUGAGUCUGGGUGUUUUUGUUGUUGGUCUUUUUUGUUGUUAUGUCAAAAUUGCACAAACGUGGUGCUCUACCAGGAAGGAUUUGAGUUAGAUAGGCUCAGGCCACACUUUAAAAACCAAAAACCGGAAAACGGGUAUUCUCGUUGUCUUAGGGUCAAAGCGGGUAAUGAACAUUCCUAUCCCCAACACAUCAAUUGUAUUUUUUUCUGUACAACUCAGACUUUCCUCAGUAUUUGUGUUUUUACAUUUUAUGGUUAAUUUAAUUGAAGAAGAAAGGGCAUUGCAGAGUUGUUCAACAAUUACCUCAUUGAGUGUGUCCAGUAGUGCAGGAAGUGAUGGCUUCUCUGAUGAUUUGCUACUCAAGAGGAGAGAGCCAGCGUGCACCAGAAAGCUGGAAUGCGUCGCAUUCUGUCUCCUCUUCUGCUAAACCCAAAGAUGACAUGUUGGCAUUUGAGGUGUAGCGGAGAAUGAUGUAUAUUUAUAAAUCUAUUUAUACCACUAUACCAUGUGUAUAUAUAAUAUAUUUAUAACCACUUAAAUUGUGAGCCAAACCAUGUAAAAUAUCCUUCUUUUCCUAAUGGCAUAAAAAAAUAAACAAAACCCUUUCUGAGACUUUGCUUAAUUAGUACUCGAUGACCUCACAGUCAUAUUGGUGAGCUUGGGCACCCCCUUGCUAUUGUAAGUGACCCUAAAACCUUGGUGCAAAGGUGGGGACUGCAUAACAACCAGGGAGAAAGAGACAUACUUUUUUACUAUUAAGGACAAUCUAAGAUGGGGUUUUUUUUGGUUUGUUUUGCCACAUUCUGAUGAUGUGGUCACACCCAAGCCCCAGAAAUAAAAAUCCCAUCGACCACUGCAACUUUUCUCUCUCUUCCUCUCCCUCCUUCCUAAAUAACUGAUGUAUCACUCAUCAGUCUGGUUUAUAUAUUCAGUAUUUUGGUCCAUGGCAACUAAUGUCAACCUGCAGAAGAGAACAACAAAUUUAGGAUAAUGCAGAGAAACCUAAGAGCCUUACUGAUCUGUUCCUUUAACUAACAAAACUGACAGUUUUUUAUGGUAUUUUUUAGUCAGUGUUUGACAAACACAGUCCUUAAUUGUAGGUAAACCAAAGCAUCACAUUCUGACGUUGACACCAAAUACUUUCUAUUCCCAAUUACUCAUUUGUUCUCUUUCUCCCCUUUCAUGCUUUCUCAUUAAUGGGAAUUUUUCCUGAGACCUGCACAGUGGCUUGAGACUUCUUGAUUCUCUUUACCUUCUGACUUUCCCUGAGGCCUCUUACAUGUGAAUGUUGAGCCCACAAUCAACAGUGGUUUUUUUUUUUUUCCUUCUACUCAAAGUUAAAACCGACCAAAGUUAUUGGCUUUUUACUUUGCUAGAACAACAAACUAUCUUAUGUUUACGUACUGGUUUACAUUGUUAUUUAUGUGCAAAUUGUCAAAAUGUAAAUUAAAUAUAAAUGUUCAUGCUUUA